CACUGUCCUCUCAACAGACGUCCAAACUUUUGAAACUUCUGAAACUUGCAAUUCUUGGCACUCGAUUGUUAUCUUAUCAGCUGAAUUCAAUAGUUUCAGCUAACCAGUCGAGGCUUUUCAUUUACUGGUGUGUCAGAAUAUCUGAGUGAGUGCGUCUGUCAGUUGUCGCUCCUUCGAGAGAGUCCGUCUGCUUCAUGCUGUCCAUCAGUCGCGCAGCUUACAGCGCAAACACUGCCCUCAGGGGCUCCAUAGCUUCGGAAGUCGCAGCGCAGAUCAAAUCUCGUCAUUUCUCGUCGCACACUGACAACAGCUGGGGGAUUGUCGCAAACCGUUUUGUGUUCCCGACAAAUUCUGGGAAGCUCGCGACAGAAUCAUCUCUUCUUCCUCCUUUCCGUGGAUUUACCAGUCCCUGUGGUGUUCGUCUCACAAGGAACCUUAACACAAUGGCUGUCGACGCUAAAGAUCUGAAGUAUUUGGG